CAACGGAAGAGGCAAAUAAAUGGAAAGCCAACCAGAAACAACCAGCCACAUAUCAUCCAUGGCAUAGUACUUUGCUUACAUUACAAUUGCUCGUGCUCGCUGCAUCUGUCCUCCACGUGCAAACCAGACGCAUCGAAACCCAUCUCAAUCUGUUCUUGGCCGGUUUCAGAGUCUAUCUAUCCUGAGCUCCUGCCUCGAAAACGGAUCACCUUACAGCACUGACGGAAACGUGGCCAUCGGGGUGAGCGGAUUCACAAUCCAACGGUUCAGCAUGUCCUUUUUCCAGGGGACCCUGCAAGAGGGAAUCGCCGCUGCCCUACAACAGGCGAAGGCCGUUGUAUGUUUCGUAACAGAUGGUGAAACCGAGAGCCGGCAAUGGGAGGAUGAGUUCUUCACGGAUGGAGAAGUCCUUCCUUUGCUCCAAGCGACCAGUGUAUCUCUGCGAUUAGUCGCGGGCUCACAGGAGGAGGGCUUCCUCGCGCAGCUCUAUCCCAUUCCAAAGAAACCUACUGUGGUGGUUAUCAGAAACGCUGAGCUCAAGGAGUACAUCGCUGCUGGUGUGUCAAAAGCCGAGUUCGUCAGGAGGUUGAAGGCGGUGCUUUCGCCGGCUCAACCUCCCCCUAACCAGCCUGUCCCAACCCAAGCGGCACCUGCUCAACCACAAGCUGUGGCCACGACAGCACCUCCCGUCGAACAGUCAAACCAUGUUGAAGACUCUUCAGCGAGCAGUGCUGGCCAGGUUACCCCGCCGUCUCCAACCGAAUCCCGAAGCCACGUCCUCCUUGCUGAACGAGCUGCUAGGCUCGCUGAGCAGAAGAAGAAGGAUGACGAAGAGGCUAAAAGGCGAGCCAUCGAGAAGGGAAAGGCCAAAGCCGAGCCGGGAGCAAGCGGCUCGAAGACAACCGAUGAGCAAAGCAAGCAUGCCGCGGCCCUCAAGAAACAGCGGCAAGAGGCGCGCGAGGAACGAGCGCGGGUUCUGAAGGCCAUUGAAGACGACAAAGCCGCCAGGAAAGCCCAGCAGGCAGAGGCAGCGGCCGCCCGCAAGCUCUCGGCGGCCUGGGAGAAGAAACCCGACUCGUCUACCCAGGGGACGACAAGCCAGGUUCGACCGCCAGCCGGCAAGCAGAGCGAGCACUGCGCGAUUCAAGUCCGGCUAUUCGAUGGCUCCACCAUCCGCAACCGCUUCUCCAGCACCGAUACGCUGAACGAUGUGAGGAACUGGGUCAACGAAGCACGGGGGGACGGCAAGGACGCCUUCACCUUCAAGGUGCUCCUGACGCCGAUGCCGAGCAGGACGAUCGAUGUCACCGAGGAGAACAAGACUCUCCGGGAGCUGGAGCUGACCCCUUCGUCAACUCUGAUCCUCCUGCGUGUGACCAAGCCGACGUCUGCGUAUCUGCCCUCUGCGCGGUCCGCCGCCGAGGGAGCGCCCGAAGGGAAUGUCUUUCAGAGGAUUAUUGCGUACUUUUUGGGUAUCGUCAUCGCAUUCUUCAGCACCGUUGCCGCAUUCUUCUCGACUCUCCUAAGCACGACCGGGCCGCCGGCAGCCCCGGAGCAACCCGGAGCUUCCCAGACGUCUGAGAGCCAGACUCCUGCUGCCGAUGCGGCGAGGCGUCGUGCUGCCAGGCGAAUAGCAGGAUUGGGCGACAUAGACGGGCAGCGGAGUGACCAGCAAUUCUACAACGGCAACUCGGUCAAUUUUGAACCUAGGCCAGACGAUGGGGAAUAGUCGUUGUUUCCGUCGUCGGCAUCGAGAAGGUCUCGACUAGUUGCAACGCUAAGUAAGGUGAAGAGCGGGAAAAGAUGUUUGCUCUGUUACAUGUACAUGCAAUGGUACCAAUAUUAUGGGGUCGGUUGCCAAACCAGCAUUUCCUAUCAUACGACGAUUGGCCAUGAUGCUGUCAUUUGGCGUAAAAGUACAUCCUCCUCGUCCAAUACCCUCUCACCCACAAGCUUGCUUAGAACUGGCUCGCCGCAGCCUGGCACGCUUUCUGUACAA